AUGGACAACGAGACCGGGGUGGUUGCCAUGGAGACUGGCGAGAGCGAGGCGGCGGCUGUGGAGGCCGGGGCGGUCGAGAGCGAAGAGCGGCCUGCGGUGGCAGCCAAGUCGGCGCUGGCGCCGUCGGUGCUUGCCGAGGUGGAGGCGGCCAUCCAGGAUGCCGUCAACGCAGGCCUCUGCCCGCAUCCCGAGUGCGGGUGGUGGUCCAACGCGGCGUCGCAACGCGACCGGCGCAAGUCGGCGUUCAAGCACAUGCGGACGGCGACGGUGCACGAGGGCCACUUUGCCAAGCUCAACGCCGACUCGCGGUCGUGUCCAAUCUGCUGGCUGGCGGUGGAGGAAGGCGACUUUGAGCGGGACAUGAUGGACCGGCUCUAUCCGUGGCUCGUCUCGCGGCCCAUUCCGCCGCAGGACGUCGACUGGCUGGUGGCCGACGUCAAGGAGCGCAUCCAGGCUGCCGGCUCGGCUGAGUCGGGCUCGGACGAGUCGGGCGACGACGGGACGGAAGAGACGACCGAGGCCGUCGUCUGCCCGCACGACGACUGCGGCUGGCGGCCCAAGUCGGCCCGCGCCGCAUCCGCCAAGAUCAUGCGCCAUGCUGAGUCUCUGGCUCUCCACAGACAGCACCUCAAUCAGCACUAUGAGACGUGCGGGGCGUGCAAGAGCCUCGUCGCCGCUGGCAAGUGGGAUGCGCCGUCGAUGGCCAAGCCCGACGAGCUCCGUGAACCGUCUCCCGACGAGUGGGACUUGGCUCGUGAGCGCCUCCGUGACUACCGCCUGCACCAGCUUUCCAAGCGCCGUCGCGCCGUCUACGAGGUCGGCGACCUGCCGUCCGACGCCAUCCACACCAAUGCUAAGCGCCGCGCCCUGCUUGCUGGUGCCAAGCCUCUCGACAACUCAGGUUCUCAGACGGCGCCCACCCCGCUCAUGGCCACCCGUGCCCUCUCGCCCACCUUUGAGUUUACCGGCUAUCACGACAACCGAGCCACCGAGGCCACCGUCGUCCAGGAAAUGGGCCUUCUCCGCCGCGACCUCGUCCGCUCCGUCGCCGACACGACUCGCGCAAAGGUCACCGCCAUGCGCUCACUCGGCGCUUCGGUCGAGCGUCUUGGAGGCGAGGUCAUUGCCCUCAAAGCCUCACUUGAUUGGGCCGUCCUCAAGCCGCCGCCGCGCCCGCCCACCCCGCCGCCAGAGCCGCUCCGCAUCCCGGCCGCCGUCGCCUCUGCUCCGCUGCCUGUCAACAUCCCUGACAUCAACAAGCUCCCACCCGCAGAGGCCAACUCGCUGUUCUGGAAGACCUUCACCAACCAGCUGCUCUAUGGCAUCGCCGCAGAGAUCCCGGACAUCCUUCCUCGCGACAACCCGCACUCAUCCACGGCCACAUCCUCCCUCCCGUCCGACACCGAGGUUGUCCUCGCCCGCAUGGUGACCAAGAGCGCCAAGCCCGCCCUCGAGCGCAAGGCCGGCAUGGCCCUGCGCAUCACCACUCUGCACGCGCUCUACUCGAUGCUCAGUGAUCGCACCACCGUCGACCGCGAGCUGGAGGCGGCCAAGCGUGAGGGCCGUGUCCGGGUCUUCUCGCUUCCCUCGGAGCCCGUCACCGUCUUUGUCAUGGCUAUGGACGACUACCUCGAUCAGAUCCGCCGCGUCCUUGUGCGCACGUCUGCGUCAGCCGCGGCGCCGACGGCCACGCCUACCGCCUCUGCUGCUGCUUCAUCGCUGCUUGCCCUAUUCCGCGCCUUUGUGUGUAACGUGGCGCUGGUUUUGCCCGCCAAGGCGCUGACGCCGGCGGCUCUCUUUGCUGCGCUCGCUCGCCCGCUGCCAGAGCCACUGCCGAGUGCCUGGCAGCGCAUCGCCACUGCUGCUGGCGGGCUCGACGCUCUUCUUGAUGGCAACGCGGUGCAGUCUAUUGCCGCCCGUGCGGCUGACGCCGACCAAGCACCGGUGUUGCUGCAAGAGCUGGUCAAGGCCGGGCUGGUGGUUCCGUCGGGCGUCCAUCAGGUGUGGAUGGCCAUGCCGUACGGCGCGUCGUUUAUUGUGGCGUACACCAAGAGCGUGAGCCAGGUGCUGCGGGUCAUCAAGUCGACAAAGUACAAGGAGCUCGAGCUGCGCAGGCUGCUCGCCACUCCCACCUCGUGCUCGGCGCGCGGACCCUGGUCCGGCUCCCGGUAG